AUGGAGACAUUAGAUGGUGCAUUGGAGAUGGUGCUAAAACCUCUAUCUGGUUUGAUGCUUGUAUUGGUGAUAGUACUCCCAUUGAUAGGUUAUGAUAUAUGUCUUAUUAUAUCUAAAAAUAUUAACUUAAAAGUUUCAGAUAUUUUGGUGGAUGGAGUGUGGUCUUUGAAUACUGAUCUUCAACAGAUUAUACAAAAUCUUAGACUGCCAGAAGUCUUUAGAGGUGAAGAUGUUCUAAUAUGGACAUGCAACUUAAAAGGUGUAUUUUCAAUUGCUGAGGCUGUGAACAAAUUAAGGCACGAAGAACAGUCAGUAAGCUGGUCCAGAUAUUGCAUCUGUGAGACAGAACAAGAUAGUAUAAAUCACUUACUGUGGGAAUGCAGUUUUAGUAUAGGUAUUUGGACCUGGAUAUGCCCCAUAUUUAAAUUUAAACUGCCUAAAUCUUUUGAUGAUGUAUGGAAAGGUGCCUUAAAUAAUAGCCCUCUAGUUCAACAAGUCUGGAUAACUGUUGCUUGUAUAAUUCUAAAGGAACUGUGGUUUCAGAAGAAUAAGAGACAUUUUGAAGAUAUUAAGCCAAAUAUGCAUAGGUUUAAAUGCAGAGUUCUUAAAUUAGUGCAUGAAGGUGGUUUGAGAAUCACAGGAAUCAAGUGGUGUCAAAACCAUGACCAAGAAAUAAUUGUUAGAUUUCAUUUGGGUCUUAGACAUUCCAGGUUCCAGUGCAUUAAAAAAUGUCAUUGGCUUCCACCUGAACAAGGUUUUAUAAUGUUCUGCUGUGAUGGUUCUUCAUUUGGUAAUCCUGGAUCUGCAGGAUUUGGUGUUGUUGUCAAAGAUCCAGCAUGUCAGGUAGUUGGCACUCUAACUGGUGGAAUUGGUGUAGCUUCAAAUUAUUUGGCAGAAACUUAUGGUGUCAUGUGUGCUUUGGAACUAGAAAUUCAAUGGAGUAUGCAGAGUAUCAUUAUUGUGUCAGAUUCAAAAAUUGUGCUUGCAUAA